CUUAGGGAGGUAGUUGGGCAAGCUGCCACAUUUUCCUCCACCCUCCCCCGCUAACCUGCUGUCUCCAAGCCCCAUGAUAUAUAUACACAACCUCUCUUCUACCUAUAAUCACAAUUCACAAAUUAAAGAAUUACCUCUCCCCUUCUUCUCUUAAACGCCAACCAACAAAAUCAUUCUCUUCUAACCAUUUUCAAUGGCUCCUACGACUCUUACAGCCCUCGCUGAGGAGAAAACCCUGCAGGAAAGCUUCGUCCGAGACGAAGAUGAGCGUCCAAAAGUGGCUUACAAUCAAUUCAGCGACCAAAUUCCAGUGAUUUCAUUAUCUGGGAUAGAUGAUGUUGGUGGGAAGAGAGCUGAGAUAUGCAAGAAAAUAGUUGAAGCAUGUGAAGACUGGGGGAUUUUUCAGGUCGUUGAUCAUGGUGUUGAUGCUAAGCUUAUAUCUGAAAUGACUCUUCUUGCUAAGGAGUUUUUUGCCUUGCCGUCGGAGGAGAAGCUUCGUUUUGACAUGUCCGGCGGGAAGAAGGGUGGCUUCAUCGUCUCUAGCCAUUUACAGGGAGAGGCAGUGCAAGAUUGGCGUGAAAUAGUGACAUAUUUCUCAUACCCACUUCGCACCAGAGACUAUUCAAGAUGGCCCGACAAGCCCGAGGGAUGGAGAGGAGUGACUGAGGAGUACAGUGAGAAGUUAAUGGGACUUGCUUGCAAGCUCCUGGAAGUUUUAUCAGAAGCCAUGGGGUUAGAGAAAGAGGCCUUGACUAAGGCAUGUGUCGACAUGGAUCAGAAAGUUGUAGUCAAUUUCUAUCCAAAAUGUCCCCAACCUGACCUCACUCUUGGACUCAAACGCCACACUGAUCCAGGAACCAUCACCCUCUUGCUCCAGGACCAGGUGGGGGGUCUCCAGGCUACCAGGGAUGAUGGAAAGACUUGGAUCACUGUUCAGCCUGUUGAAGGUGCCUUUGUCGUCAAUCUUGGAGAUCAUGGUCACUACCUAAGCAAUGGGAGAUUCAAAAAUGCGGACCACCAAGCAGUGGUGAACUCGAAUUGCAGCAGGUUAUCCAUAGCCACAUUCCAGAACCCAGCACCAGAAGCAACAGUUUAUCCUCUGAAGAUCGAAGAUGGAGUAAAGCCAGUGCUAGAGGAGCCAAUUACAUUUGCAGAGAUGUAUAGGAGGAAGAUGAGCAAGGACCUUGAGCUAGCCAGGCUUAAGAAAUUGGCUAAGGAGAAGGCAUUAAAGGACAUUGAGAAAUCCAAAUUGGAAGGCAAACACAUAGAGGAUAUCCUUGCUUGAAAUAAUUAAUUAUUAUAUAUGGCUGCAGCUACGUUGUUCGGUUAUAUUUAUGUUUAUGUUACUUGUGGAGUCUGUUCAAUUUGAUGAACAAUGUAUUUUGGUGAGGCCAAGCAUGUGGCUUAGCUCUGCAUCUCUACGCUUAUCGAUAUAUAAUAAGAAAUCUAACUAAUUAAAAACAAA